AUGGCCUCGUCACGCAUCUCGCUCCACGCGCGCCGAUCCUGCUCCCUCACGCGCGCGCUUAUAUCGAGACACGGUCUAUGGGCGCCGCACGCGCCCCUCGCUUUAGGCACAUCCGCGUUAAGCACUUCAGUCGCAAGCACACCUAGCGCCAGCAGCGCAAACGGCGGGAGUCAUUCCCGUAGCUUCUCCUCUGCUGGUGACGUGGCGGAUGCUGACGUGUCACCGGGGGAGCUGGCGGGGCGGAAGGCGGCGGCGCAGCUGCAGGUGCUGGGGGUGGUGGGCGCGGGGCAGAUGGGGAGCGGAAUCGCGCAGCUGGGAGCCAUGGCGGGGAUGCGAGUGGUGGUGGCGGACACGAGUCUAGCAGCGCUGGACCACUGCAUGGCCGGCAUCAGGCACUCGCUGGGGCGCCUUGUCAGCAAAGGGCGACUGGAUGAGGUGAUCGGCAUGCACUUCAUGAACCCGCCUGUCAUCAUGUCACUCGUGGAGGUGGUGCCAGGGCUUGCCACGUCAGACCACACGCUGCACCUCACCAAGGGCCUCGCGCACAGGUUCGGGAAGGCGGUGUGUGAGGCGCGGGACUAUCCGGGCUUCAUUGUAAACCGCCUGCUCAUGCCCAUGAUCAACGAAGCAUUCUAUGCGCUGCUGGAGGGCGUGGGCACGGCACAGGACAUUGACAGAGGCAUGAAGCUCGGCACAAACCAGCCCAUGGGACCACUGCAUCUAGCGGACCUGAUAGGGCUGGACACAUGCGUUGCCAUCAUGCGAGUGCUACAUGCGGGAUUAGGAGACGCCAAGUACCGCCCCUGCCCUCUGCUCGUGCAAUAUGUUGACGCCGGGUGGCUGGGUCGCAAGAGCGGGCGCGGCGUGUAUGAGUAUCCGAGGCAGGAGGAGGUGGGAGGUGAGGGAGAGGGUGAGGGUGGGGAGAAGGUGGUGAGAGGGAGACAGCUGCCUGGUAGACGGGCCGGGCACUAG